AUGCGGUUGUGGAUUGCUGAAGGCUUUGUUCAAAAGACGGAGGUAAAGAGCCUAGAGGACACAGCUGAGGACUACAUAAUGGAUCUAAUUGUGAGAAGCUUGGUUAUGGUUGACAAACCAAAAUCUACGGGUGGAGUCAAAACUUGCCGCAUCCAUGACUUGUUGCAUGAAUUUUGUUUGAGAAAAGCCACAGAAGAAAAUCUUCUAAAGUUGAGACGUGAUGAUGCAGGACUUCCUAAGUUUGAUGAGCCAAGUAGCAUGAAUUACAUCCCAUCAUCAAUAGCAAACCUUUGGAAUUUGGAAACUUUUAUUCUAAAAUCUUUGCAUGGUAGACUUUUUCUCCCAGAUACUGUUUGGAAUAUGCAGACAUUGAGGUGUCUCCAUGUAAGUGGUAAGUUUUUUGAUCUUAGUUUGGCCAAAGACAACUUGGACAGCUCCUCAGAUUUGUGUAACCUAGACACUAUAUCAGCUCUUGAGCUUGACUUGGGGCAAAGCAUGGAUAAGAUAAUGAAGAAGUUUCCACAUAUCCGCAAACUGAAAUGUAGUCUCCAUGAAACAGAAGAAGCAUGUGGGGAUUGGAGCAAGAUUGUGGCAAUGGACUUUCUGAGACGACUGGAAUCACUGAAGCUGUCUUUUUACCGUGUGAAAGAUAAGGAUUAUGGGUUCAGUUUCCCCAUGAAUCUAAAAAAGUUGACCCUGGAAGCAUUUCCUUGGAGUAUGAUUUCCUCAAUAGGAAGCCUACCUAAUCUUGAGGUUCUCAAAUUACUGGGUACAAAAGCUGGUGGGGAAGAAAUAUGGAACAUGGAAGAAGGGGAAUUCCCUAAACCCAAAUUCUUGAAAUUGGAAUUGUUGUGCAUUGUCAGGUGGACGUGCUCCGGUGAUCAUCUCCCCUGUCUUCAGAAAUUGGUUUUGGAAAGCUGCUUGAACUUGGAGGAGCUCCCUUCUUGA